GAACCAGCAAGCAGGGAGCAAUGGCGAAUCACCCCAUUGCUGGAACCUUUGGAAGACGUGUGAAGUGAACAUACAAACUAGUGUUAUGGUCUGGUCUGGAAGUAGAUCGAUUCAACUGUCUACAGUCUAUGUUCUGAACUUCAGCUUCUGCAAGAAUUGUACACGGCCAAGGGUCCUGGUUUCCAGAAUCAGUUCAGAAAAUGAAGCUGAAAAGUACACAGUGGGAGAGCAAGUUUACAAAAUAAGCACAACAUGGGACAGCAAAAUGGUGUUGCAUGAGCCAAUGACAAUAACUUUUAAGCCUCACAAAGAUGGAUUAAUAAUGGAAGUUGAUGGUCCAUUUUUUGAUGAUCCUCCAACACCACCUGGUGAGCCUGGGGAACCUUUUGAUGGACUUUGGGAUUUUGAAGUGGUUGAAUCUUUUUUUCUGAACAGCAAGACCACUCAAUAUCUGGAAGUAGAACUGUGCCCGCACGGGCAACACCUGGUCUUACUACUGUCUGGUGUCGGAAAUGCUUUUAUAAAACAACUACAACUGGAAUUUGAAGCUGAUAUCACAUCACAUUGGGGCAAGUGGCAUGGGAGAGCUCUUAUUCCUUGGAAUUAUUUUCCACCAGGUGUUGACAGGAUGAAUUUAUAUGCUAUUCAUGGUUCUGGGAUUGGUAGAGUCUACGAGGCCAUGUAUCCAAUACCGCCAGAGGAAAUUAGUGAAGGACAAGGCCCCAACUUCCAUCGUCUGGAAUAUUUCAAAGCAUUCAGCUUGAAAUGGAUUAUGGGGGACGAGUGGGAACAACCGUCCUCCAGCCUCUGGGAAUCAGCUCCUUGAAAGUCUUCUAUCAAGUUUUUUUUUGAAUCAUCUGUGUUAAAAAGAUUAUCCCUGUUGGCAUUUAGUACUUAACAAGCCUCUUAUUCUUCCUCAUGACUGAAACUUAUAUGAUUAUGCAAAUUAAUAAAAUGAGCUUUCCACUCUG